AUGGCAGAGCUUAAAGUUCAGGUUAACGAACUCCAGGCCUCGGUUGAUUUCUGUUCCUCUCAGUAUGACACAGUAUUACAAACGGUCACGAACAACGAAGCAAGAAUCGAACAACUUGGUGGCGAGCUUGCGGCUACCAAGGAAGUUGUUCUAGAGCAGUCGAACACCAUCCAACAACUGCAGAGCGACUUAAAUGAUAUGCAGACUUUGCUGUGCAAGUCAACUUUAGAAAUUAGCGGCAUACCGUUUAGCCAAAACGAAAAUUUGGGUCUCGUUGUCAAUAACCUUGCAGAGAGACUUGAUCUGCCACCCUUGCAGCAAGCGGAUGUCAGUGAACUAUGUCGCCUGUCGUCUAAGAAGGGUUCCACCGCUCCCAUCCUGGUUAGAUUCGCGUCCACAGACGUUAGGGAUAGAUGGAUGGCCUGCCGUAGCCGGCUGAGAGCACUGCCCUCCCCUGACGCUCUCUCCAAGGUCUUCUUUAACGAGCACUUGUCUCGAGUAGGCAGAGAGCUGUUCUGGAAGGCGAGGGUGAAGGGGAAGGCCAAUAGCUACAAGUUUGUUUGGGUGAAGUAUGGAAAAAUUUACGCUAAGAAAUCCGAAAACAUGGACUCAAUUCGAAUCAACUCUGUUCAGGAUCUAGAGAAAAUCUGCUAG